GUUCGUUAACAAUUUGUGUUGGACAGUUUGGUCAGUAUUUUUCUGAUUUCACUAAAUUUUCAUAAUUUGCAGGAUGUCGAAGUGUGGCUGUUUCACACCAAGGCUACCGUCCCCAGAAGACAAGAACCUCAAUAUAAAAAUCCUAGGAGCAUUCCUUGCAGAUCCUAAUGGUGGUAAGUAUGACGACUCAUUACCAACUUUCGAAUACAUCCCCAGAUUUAGCCACUUUGAUCCAACCCACAUGAAGAAAGUGAGAAGAAUAGCUGUGGAUCUGUCCAAGAAACCUUGCAAAGAGAUGAUCAGAGUAUUGUCAUGCCUCAAGAACACUUACCCGAGCAGUGUCUAUAUCGACCACUUGGCAAGAGUUGCACUUCACAAACACCCUGACACUAAAUUUAUGUCAGUUCCUCCGCCCUACCAAACAGUUCCCAGUCUCUUCUUCGACCGGGAUCUGCGUCAUGGACGUCUAGAGGAGAUUCUUACACAUCAUGAUACUCUAAGAGUGGCAAAGCUAGAUCCAGAACAACUUCUCGCCUGGUGGAGAGAAGACCCUGGAUUUUCCAGUCAUCAUGGUAACUGGCAUCUUUAUUAUCCUUUUGACGAAUCUCCAGUGUUCGAGCGGCAGGGGGAGCUGUUUGCCUACAUGCACGUGCAGAUGUUGGCUAGAUUCGACUUUGAGAGGUUGGCAUUAGGGUUUUCUAGGGUGGAACCCUUUGGCCCUAGUUUUGGUUGGGACAAACCGAUGAAGUACGGGUACAAUCCCCGAUUAGUCGGAUUUUCUGCACGAGCUGGAGGUAUGAUGAUUCCACACUCUGCCUCAAACGGGGGUAGACGAGUAUUCUCGCUCGAUAUUGUGAGGCAAACACAUGAACUAUUGAAUGGCAUUGACAAAGGGUUCCUGAUAAACUCACAGGGAAGGAGGGUUCCAGUGACCAUGAACGCGUUAGGGUUGUGUCUCGAGGCGAACCUGACUCACUCUACAAACCACCAACUUUACGGGGACAUACACAAUAAUGGUCACGUUCUAAUCGCCUUUUGUGGUGAUCCUGACGGAGUAUGGGAUAUUGACAAGGGUGCCAUGAUGGAGUCUUUUACAGCUGCCCGAGAUCCGGUAUUCUACAGAUGGCACAAGUUCAUAGACAUCUUCUUUGAGAAUCACAGACGUUCGUUGAGGCAGUACACAGUGAACGAUUGGGAUGCACUGAAGAAUGUGGAAAUCAAAAGUUUCAAGACAAUCAUUGACGACAAGGAUGCGGUAAACCUGCCUGCUCAUUUAGAUCUAACCAACAACUUGUUCAAUUACAUGGGAAAAGAAACCAUCACAAUCUACGACCCUGAACCAAAAGAAAUCACUGAUCAGGGCAUCAAGAAGUCCAUACCGUUCAGUUUCAAACUAAAUGUUCGUAACAACGGUAGAAAGGAUGCCAAAGCGGUAUUUAGGGUCUUCAUGGUUCCAUAUACGAAGGAGCCCCACGAAGUAUGGAGGCUGCUGGCAGUGGAACUAGAUAGAUUUGUCGUGCCAUUAAAAGCUGGGGAAGACAGAGAAAUCGUCAGAUCAGAUAAAGACUCCUCUGUAAUCUUACCACCCGAACUAACAGUCGGACACAUCAUGCAAGGUAAAACUAGUAUUGGUUCCAAACCUCCGUGCGGAUGCGGCUGGCCUAGGAACCUUCUCAUCCCCAGAGGUCAGCCAACUGGUAUGAAAACAAAGAUCUACGUGUUGGCUAGCAACUGGGCGGAGGAUGGUGUGAAUCCCGAAGAGGGUCUGAUAGGCAGUAUUGCUUAUUGUGGAAAGUUGGGCGGACCCUACCCUGACAAAAGACCCAUGGGAUUCCCCUUUGAUCGUAAUACUACAUGGGGGGAAACCAAAGACAAAUCGGGAAGAGUAUACAUGCCCGAAUUUGACGAGGCAAUCAUUGACAAAGUGCCAAAUGCUGCUAUGGCUGAGGUCACGGUUACAUACUUAACCAAACACAUGAUAGAGGCGGAGGAGGCGGCGGAAAAAGUAAAGAACAAGGAAUUCUUCCAAAAGUCUACCCCUGUGCAUUUCUCAAAGGAUAACUUUUCUAAUUCUGAAGGAUCAUCAAGUGACAGUGAUGACGAUACAGGAAAAAUAAGGAGAAGCCUCUCAUCUUUAAAGUUCUUCUACGGCUAAACUUUACUUAGCGAGCUCUUGAUUAUUCCUAAACACUAAAUUUAUUUUUGCCCUAGUUAAGAUUUCGUGGACACAAUUGAGUGAAAUAGACUGAGAAAACACUGAAAUGCAAUGUUGGAGAUCAUCGGAUGGGACAAUCUCGAAUGAAAAACUGAAUAGAUCACGAUAAAAAUCUUCCUCAAGAAGAUAGUGAUCAUUUUCAUUCGAAAUGAAUUUCUCAGUAUUAAAGAGUGUAUAUAGAUAUAAAUUAUACCUGUUAGAUUUUUUACUUUUUAAAGCAUUUUAGCAUGUUUUAAAUUUAAUUAGCAUGUUUUAAAUUUAAUUAGCAUGUUUUAAAUUUAAUUAGCAUUUUUUAAAAUUUAAAUGGAUAACAUAGGCCCGAACUUACAGUCAUUAUCAAGCACUCAGUGCCUUCUCAUAUGUCCCUGUGCUCACUACACUUAAUUUCUUUGGACAUGACUUGUGAAGAAUGGUGACUGCUCGGGUUUGUUAUUAUUCACUUGACGAGACUUUUUUUUUAAUGAAUGAGGAGUAAAAACCGAUGAAAUUGAUUUUAAAUCAAAAUUUUAAAAUUGUGAUUCUUAUCUGAUUUAUUGUUAUCCCGAGCCUAAUCUGAACCAGGUUAGGCCAACUUAAUUUAAAUACGAUUUUACAAAUUUUCGACCACCGACAGUGACCCUGACAUUCUGUGAUGACGGAGAUUUAAUAAUAUAUUUGUAUCGUGAAUCAUGAUCAAUCGAGUAAUUACGAAUUUUCUCAGAAUGAUAGAUGGAUUUUUCAUUCGAAUUGUUCUAAUAAUACUCCAGAUUCAGUGAGACGCUUUUGGUAAUAAUAAGCGCUCAGAUUGUGUGGAUAGCCUUCGAAUUUUUUACACUUAAUAAUAAUAUAUUGUUUCCGGUUCGUUAGAUAGUCUAAAAGUAUUCUGUGAAAACUUCUGUUGGUUCCAUAUUUGAGAAGUUGUUUCCAAUAAUACAUGACUUACAGUUUCAAAGGCACGAGAGAAUUUCAUAAAAAUUCUUGAAGUAUGUCUUUUCUAGCGUUUAUCAGAACACAACAUGAUGUUUGUGAUGGGUUUUGAUUUUUGAAUAAUUGUUAAUUAGUAUAAUAAUAAUAAUUGAAUAUUUUUCCUCUUCUACAUUUUUA